CCAAAGUGUUGAUGAAAAUGAAAAUUCAACUCUAAGCUGAAAUAUUGAAGAAUCACCCUCUUCCUUUUAUUCAAGGCUCUGAAGUGAGAAGAAGAAUAAGAAAAUGAAGAGCGAAACAAAAGCGAAGGUAGGAAGUGGUGGAUUUAGGGCAAAAUUGGAUCACUAUCUAUAUAGCGGUUCUCCAAAACAUGUUUUCGUUGGCAUAGUUCUCAUCACUGCCGUCUUCUCCGUUCCUUGGUUCCUUAGAAACAGAGGUGACUUCCCUUUAUUCUUAUUUUAUACGUAAUUCAGAUCCUUCAAACCAUUGUUGGGUUGUAAAGCUCAAAUCUUUUAUAAGUGUGUUUAUUUGAUUAUUUGUUUGUUUGUGUGAUUUAGGGAAAAGAUAAUUUUGAGGAGCUAUUUAGUGUGUGCUUGGUUCUAUUUUUGCAAAUUUGAUUCGUUGUGACUUUAAUUUUGUUAAAAUUAGGUUAGAAACUUAGAAGUAGUUUUAGGGUAAUGAAAUUUGUCCGAGUAGUUAUUGACCUAGUUAGUUAUUGUUGAGCUGAAGGAUAAAUCAAUUAGAGAGUUACAAUCCUGUUUUAGGGUUUAUUUGCAAUAAAUAGUGAGAGAUAGCAAUUGUCCCAUUUGGAUCAUGGGUUUUGGAGGUUGCUGGUGAGAGCCUAAGUCUAUGAAUGAUUUUUCAUUCUAAAACGAAAAGGGAAGUAAAUCUAUCUGUCAAUAGAGUUUCAUUUGAUAUUUUCCUUUUGCUUAUUAGAACUUGCAUCUAAGCUCUUAACUUUGAGUUAAGCUAUGGCAUUGGAAGUAGAAGGCUAUAAUUUUCAUAGGGUUAAACUUGUUUGAAUUUCACAUAUUUGUUGUAUUAGUAUUUCUGAAAUCGAAACUAUCCCUAUGUUAAACUUUAGUUGCAAACUUUUACACAUGCCAUUUCCUACUUAUAAGAAAUAGUUUGUUCAUAUUCAUUCCAUUGCAUGACUUAAAAAUUGUUGAAGCCAAAAUGCAUUUAUUCUUUGACAUCUAGAAUCUGAUUUAGACUUACUAUUAUACGAUCACUCGAUCGUUUCUUUUGAUCACGAUUAGACCUUGAAAACGGAUUAUAUUUACGUAGGCCGCGAUUUA